AUUUUGUAUGACUUUGUCGUCCCAUGUAGGAAAUUCUAUCUUGCAAAGUUGCCCUGUGCAUCUUUAGAAGUGUCAGCUAAGAUGGAUAAUUCUGAGGUUUCCAAUUUCACCUCCCUUUGUGAUAGAUGGUGGGAUAUUAGUGGUGAUUUUCGUAUUCUACAUGCGAUGAAUCCUAUUCGGAUUGAAAUGAUAAAUUAUCUAUUUAAAUAUGAAUCUCCAAAACCUUGGUAUCCUCUGUACGGACGUCGAAUUCUGGAUGUUGGUUGUGGAGGUGGUAUUUUGUCGGAGCCUUUAGCUCGACUUGGAGCGAAAGUUCUGGGUAUAGACAUGUUGUCGGAGGCCAUAGACGCUGCAGAAGACCAUUCGCUUAGGGUAAACCCUGAUCGUUGGAAAGAUGCGCCCUUUGGUGCACCAAAAUACCGAAACAUGAGCACGUCGGAAGCGGCAGCUCAAUUUUCUGAGAAGUUCGAUGCUAUCGUCGCAUCCGAAGUUUUGGAACACGCAUCUGACUGGAAGAAUCUCGUCCGCGAUGCUUCAACGUGUUUGAAACCUGGGGGCCAUUUCAUUGCAACUACAAUAAACAGAACUAUACCAUCCUAUUUUUUGGGCAUCAUAGUUGCUGAAAAAAUACUUAAAAUAACGCCCAAGGGGAUGCAUGAAUGGAACAAGUUUAUAGAACCCUCCGAACUGAGUCUUGUCGCUAUCAGAAAUAACCUCCAACCAAGAAAAGUACUUGGAAUGGCCUACUGUCCCUUAUCUAAAGAAUGGCAUUGGACUCGAUCACAGGCCAUAAACUACGCUUUCCACGCUAUCAAAGUUGGACCUAGCAAAUUCUAG